AUGGGGGCGGGAACCAAUGGCCUGAGCAACGGCGCGUCCGCGGCCGCGGCCGCAGCCGCAGGGGAGCGCGCGGACGACGGGACCACGGUGUUCCGGGGCACGGCGUACUCGCCGCUGCGGACCACGGUGGCGCUCGCGCUGUGGCUCGGGGCCAUCCACUUCAACGCCUUCCUCGUCCUCGCCUCGCUCUUCCUCUUCCCGCGCCGCGUCGCCGCACUGGUGCUGGCGACGCAGCUCUUCUUCAUGUUCGUGCCGCUCAAUGAUAAGAGCAGAUUGGGCCGCAAGAUCGCCAGGUUCAUAAGCAAGUUCGUGAUUGGGUAUUUUCCUGUCACUUUGCACGUGGAGGACUACGGCGCGUUUGAUUCCAACAGAGCUUACGUGUUCGGUUAUGAGCCUCAUUCAGUUUUGCCCAUCGCUGUUGGGAUCCUCGGGGACCUUGUUGGAUUCAUGCCGCUACCAAAGAUGAAGAUUCUUGCAAGCAGUGCGGUGUUCUACACCCCCUUCCUAAGGCAAAUAUGGACGUGGUUGGGGUUGGCUCCUGCAUCGAGAAAGAGUUUCUACUCCUACCUUGGAGCUGGUUAUAGCUGUAUUAUAGUGCCAGGAGGUGUGCAGGAAAUACUUCAUAUGGAUCAUGAUUCAGAGGUUGCUUUUCUUAAAUCAAGAAAAGGUUUUGUUAAGAUAGCUAUUGAGAUGGGUUGCCCUGUAGUCCCAGUUUUUGCUUUCGGACAGAGCUAUGUAUACAAAUGGUGGAGGCCAGGUGGCAAGUUAAUUGUCAAGAUUGCUAGAGCAAUCAAAUUUUCUCCAAUCAUCUUCUGGGGAAAAUUGGGGACUCCCGUCCCUUUUGCAACACCAAUGCAUGUGGUGGUUGGGAGGCCAAUUGAGGUUGUGAAGAAUCCUCAACCUACCAUUGACGAGAUAAAUGAAGUCCACAGACAGUUCGUUGUUGCGAUGCAAGAUCUGUUCGAGAAAUACAAGACCAGAACUGGAUACCCUGAUCUUCGGUUAAGAGUUCUUUGA